UCCAUGCUUGGAGCCAGCCGUCAUACAUUUGGCAUUCAAUCGUUUUUGUCAUUCUGUGCAAGUCGGACGUGUUGGAGCUGCUGCUGUUGCGUACGGUUUACCUCUGCUCACAGUGUGUGUGUGUGCGUGUGCUAUCUCUUGCUGGCUGUGUUUAGUGUGUUUUAAAUAAGUUUCCUUAAACAAAUUACAUAGAAAAUCGACGAUUUUCUCUCGCUUUGCUAAAUUUCUUGGUGGCGUGAAAAGUGUGAAAAAGAAAAGAAUACAAAAAUAUAAAAGAAACAAAGUAACUUGUGUGUGUAAUAUAUAUAUAUUAAAUAAAAAAAUAGUUUAAACAACCACAACAAAUACAACAACAAACUACAAUCAUGAGCUGGCAAGAUUAUGUUGAUAAUCAGCUUUUGGCCUCGCAGUGCGUUACCAAGGCGUGCAUUGCCGGACACGACGGCAACAUUUGGGCACAGUCCACUGGCUUUGAGAUUACAAAGGAGGAGCUGGCCAAAUUGAUUAGCGGCUUUGAUCAGCAGGACCUGCUCACCAGCAACGGUGUAACACUAGCCGGCCAACGGUACAUUUACCUCUCAGGCACAGAUCGCGUUGUUCGCGCCAAACUCGGCAGGAGCGGUGUGCACUGCAUGAAGACGACACAAGCCGUCAUCGUUUCCAUCUACGAGGAUCCUGUGCAGCCGCAACAGGCCGCUUCCGUGGUGGAGAAACUUGGAGAUUAUCUGAUUACUUGCGGGUACUAGAAAAUACGAAAUAAAAUCAACACAACACCAUCAACAACAACCAACACACCAACAACACAGCAACAAUUUCGAUAAGAAUCCGUAAAUGAACUACAUAACUAAAAAAAAAGUAAUAUUAAUAUUUAAAUUUAUGAAAAAUGCCAAGAAACAUUUUGAGGUAAUUGUGGUCAAAAAUAGUUUAAAAAAAGAAAAUACGAUGUCGGAAGAUAUAAGAAAGUACCCAAACACCUACAACAAAAUUAUAAAAAUCUGCAUUAUUAUAUUUAAACAUCUUUGGUUCAUACGAUAAAAAUAAUAAAAAAAAAACAAAAAAACAAAAAACGUAAACUCAAAAUUCAAGUAAUUGUACUGGAGAGUAUUUUGUAAACAACAACAACAACGCAAAGCAACGCAGGCAAAUUUUUAAUCACUUUUUUGUACAGCAAUAUAGAUACAUAUAUACACUGAUCUAUGUACACAUACACACACAGUUUAGUGAGAGUGAGUGAGAAAAAGGGGGUGUUAAGAAAAAGACAUUAAUGAAAGAGAAAAGAGAGAAAGAGUGAUGAGUCAGUCAGUCAGUCAAGCAGCGAAAAUACACAGGAAAAUACCAACCAAUAUAAAUAAAUAUAUAUAUAUUUAUAUAUGUAAACUAUUUGGAGAAUCAUGAAGCUCUAUUUUUAUGUGGCAGGGAAGAUACAUACACAUACAACAAAAGAAAAAAAAAACAAAAUAAAAUCAGCCGCUGUGGUAGCAUUUUUUAUACAAGAGAACUUUGAGAAAUGUGUAAAUGUUAAAAAACGACAGCCUUUUAGCCAUAUUUAAAAAAACGCUCAUCAUUGGGUUCGAUAAACAGAUUUAAAAACAAAACGAAAAGAAAACACCGACACACCAACACGCACAUUACUCGUAUUCCGUUUUCCAACCGUCUCAUCUAGCCAUACAUAUAUAGAUACAUACAUAUUAACAUACAUAAUAAUACUUGGACUCACGCGCCAUUUGCUCUCUGUAUGCGCUUUUCAUGUUUGUAAUUUUGCUAUAUUCAUACAAAUACAAAAACC